AUGGGUAUGAAUAUGGUAAGCAAAGCAACUGAUAGUGCUUUGCAUUGCCUUCAAAAAGAGUUUAGUAGGAUGCAGGUGAUUUCACUAAGUGGAAAUAUGUGUACAGAUAAAAAGCCGGCAACGAUCAACACAAUUCUUGGUCGGGGUAAAUCUGUCAUCGCGGAAGCACGUCUCCCGGCUAGCGUCUUAGCUCAAGUGUUGCACACCAAUGCACAUCGGUUAGCACGAUUAGCACAUGCAAAGAAUUGGAUAGGCUCAUCACUGGCCGGCUGUUCAGGUAUAAUGGGAUCGAAUGCUCAUGCGGCGAAUAUUAUCGCUGGAAUGUUUGCGGCCACUGGUCAAGAUUUAGCUCAGGUGAUUGAUUCCUCGGCGUGUUUAACGCAACUGGAAGUUGACGCCUCAGAUGAUUCACUGAUAGCCAGUGUUACAAUGCCGUGUAUAGAGGUUGGUACAGUUGGUGGAGGUACCCGACUGCCAGCACAACGUGCAUGUCUUGACCUAUUGGAUUUAAGUGUGGAUCGACCAACUGAACAUUUGUCACGUUUGAUUGCUGGAACUGUGCUUUCCGCAGAACUCAGUCUACUCGCAGCUUUGGAUACAGCUGAUUUGGUCAAAGCACAUAUGCAUUUGAAUCGGGCGAAGACGUCAACAACUACUCAGGUGCCUAACAACAACAACAACGCGAACACCAUGAACAACAACAACAACAACGGUAAUGGCACCAAUGAUAAUCCUGAUCCUGCUGCACCAGAUCAUCAUCCUGUUGGAAAUUGUCAUUCAGACGUGCAGACAACUACUGGUCAUUCAGCAGUUGUGGGAGUGCAUGAGAAGCGAUUCUCUGUUAAAAAAAGCGAUCCAGCAAUGAUGAAUUCAGAGAUAUCGCAUUACAUUAUGUAA